AUGAGAUUAACAUGUUAUGAAUGUCUUGCAAUGGGUAAUGCAGUUGGAAUGAUUGAAGUUGUAUUACGUUCCGAGACAAUUGCUGCUAUUCAAAAGAAAAUGUAUGGAGGGAAUGUUUCUGCUGCAUUUCAAGAAGAUCCAUUAUAUAAGUGGUUAAAAGACAAAAAUACAAGUGAUGAUGAAUUUUUAAAUGCACAACAAAAUUUUAUUUAUUCAUGUGCAGGAUAUUGUGUUGCUACUUAUGUUCUUGGUGUAGGAGAUAGACAUAAUGAUAAUAUUCUUCUUACACCAACAGGACAUCUUGUUCAUAUUGACUUUGGUCAUAUUUUAGGGAAUGUUGAAAAAUUUAAGGGAUUUAAACGAGAGACAGCUCCAUUUGUUCUUACUAAAGAAUUUGUAUAUGUUAUGGGAGGUAAAAAUUCAGAGGGAUUUAGAUUAUUUGUGAAUUUAUGUUGUGAUACAUUCUUAAUUUUACGAAAGAAUUAUCAUGGCUUAGUUAACUUAUUUACUAUGAUGCUUUCAACUGGAUUACCUGAAUUAAGAAGAACAGAAGAUAUGGUUUAUUUGUUGAAUAGUCUUGUACUUGAUAUGAAUGAAGUUGACGCACGUGCAUAUUUUGAAAAGUUAAUUAAUGUAGCACUUGAAGCUGUUAUGACACGAGUAAAUAAUGCUAUUCAUAUCUUUGCACAUCCCGACUUUAAAGGACAAAAGAAAGAAAUGUGUUUUAAAGAAGCAUUUGAUAUGUUUACAUCAGUAGCACAUACUUUUGAUCCAUUAAAAUUUGAUGCAAAAGCAGUUUGCAAAAGAUUCAAUCAUUGCUAA